AGUGCUACAGGAGCUGCCUCUUCUCUGGCUCUCCCCUGGCUGUCAGAGCUGCUGCUGCUGCCGCUGCUGCUGUGUGUCUCGCUGUUUUGUGGUUUCUGCAAGGAAAGGAGAGCACAGAGGGGGGGACUCCCUAACCUACAAAGCGGGAACCAGCUGCGCUCCGUUUCUCCAGCUUCCUCUGGGAACUAACCACCAAGGAGCUGCCAAUACUCUCUGGCCACCCACCCCUACCCCACCUGAGCCCCCCUCUUUCCUCCCUCUGCCCUUGUCCUCGGCGGUUCCUCUGAAAUUCCGGGGCAGUAUAUGGAUAGAAGUUCCUUGUUUCAGCUCAUACAGGAGCAGCUGGACCCAGAGAACACCGGUUUCAUCGCAGUGGAGAACUUCACCAGCCUGGUGGAGCAUCAUGAGCUGCAACUGGACCCAUCCAAGCUGGAGAUGCUGUUCGCCCUGGUGCAGAGCAACGAGGACGGCCAGGUCUGCUACCAGGAGCUCAUUGAGCUGAUGAGCAGUAAGCGCUCCAGCAGUUUCAGGCGGGCCAUCGCCAAUGGGCGGCGCACCCUGCAGCGGGAGAUCCUGCUGGACGAGACGGGCCUGGGCGUCUACAAGCGCUUCGUGCGCUAUGUCGCCUACGAGAUCCUGCCCUGCGAGACCGACAGGCGCUGGUACUUCCACCAGAACCGCCUGUGCCCGCCGCCCAUCUUCAUGGCCAUCAUCACCGUGGUGCAGAUCAUUGUGUUCCUCUGCUACGGCAUCAUGCUGAAUAAAUGGGUGCUGCAGACAUACCAGCCUGACUUCAUGAAGAGCCCACUGGUCUAUCACCCCGGACACCGAGCGCAGGUGUGGCGCUUCUUCAGCUACAUGUUCAUGCAUGUGGGGUUGGAGCAGCUGGGGUUCAAUGCACUGCUGCAGCUAAUGAUCGGCGUCCCGCUGGAGAUGGUGCACGGCAUCCUCCGCAUAAGCCUGCUCUACAUGGCCGGCGUGGUGGCCGGCUCCCUGACAGUGUCCAUCACAGACAUGCGAGCUCCAGUGGUAGGGGGAUCUGGGGGGGUCUACGCUCUGUGCUCCGCGCAUCUGGCCAAUGUCGUCAUGAACUGGGCCGGGAUGCGCUGCCCCUACAAGCUGCUGAGGAUGAUCCUGGCUCUCGUGUGCAUGAGCUCGGAGGUGGGUCGUGCAGUGUGGCUGCGCUUCUCCCCGCCCCUGCCCUCCUCCGGCCCCCAGCCCAGCUUCAUGGCCCACCUCUCCGGGGCAGUGGUGGGCAUCAGCAUGGGCCUGCUGAUCCUGCGCAGCUAUGAGGAGAGCCUGCAGCGCCAGUGCUCCUGGUGGGUCAUCGUCUUCUCCUUCAUCACCUUUCUGCUUUUCGCCAUCUUCUGGAACAUCUUCGCCUACGAGCUGCUGGGAGUGCAGAUCCCGCCCCCUCCCUGAGGCCGGACCCCGCCUGUGCCACUCCCACACAGCCCAGCCACGCUCACUUCAUCCCCGCCCACACCUCAGUUGGGUAACUGCUGACAUACACGGAAAACACAGGUGGAUAUUUCUGUUGGAAAGUUUCCUCAGAAAACAACACUGAACAGAAGCGCAACACUAUCAGUCAAGUCAGAGCAUCAAGGUGUCAGAUUCCAGCUCAUGUCAUUUGGCAGGGAACCUGCCCAUCAUACAAGUACACACCGAGUUUAUAAAGACCACGUUCCAGAGGAACCACCUCAAAAUCUCAUGCACUGUGCCAACCACAUCCCUCUCAACCCAGGGUCAAACCUGUGCAAAAGCCGUUCUCCAUAGUUCUGCACCUCUGUGUUUUAGACAGGGAGGGCCUUCUACUGUAUCUUCUCAUUUUGUCCAAAUGGGGAGUGGCCCUGAAAGUGCUUUUCAUAUCAGUCAUUUGGAAUCCAAUACAACAUUGGCACCCCAGAAAAUACACACAUGUUGGUAUGUUGGUCUUAACUUCCAGGUAAAAACAAUCCACACUGUGUUACUCAAAGCUCAGAGGAGUAGAUUAUACGUUCAAAGGGUGUAAAGAAAACAUGGCAGAGGAGAAGAGGCAUGGAGGAGAAAGAAAGAAAGAAAAGAAA